AUGCAUUAUGUUUUUUCUAUAAAACUAGAGAAGGAAGUUAUAGACUGGAGGGACAAUAGAUCAAUUCUUGAAUUCAUAAGAAAAUAUCAACGACCUGAUGGCACCUCACCAGAUAAACUUGUCAACCCUUUUGGUGGUUCUUUUCCUCUCUGCAACCGAGAAAUUACCUUCAAUACUUUAUGGAAUGGCACUUCAGGAAGAAAUGGUAUCCUUUCGCGUUUUCAUAGCAACACAUCAGAUCGAACCUCAUAUCCACUUCCCUUUCUGGCUUGUGGACCAGGAACUGGAAAAAACAGAUUCCUUGAAGAAGUGGCAAGAUUGUUGGCAGCAAGAGCCAGUGAAUCUGACAAUGAAAGUGUUAAGAUGGCCUUCUCCAAUAUAGUUGUGGUAAAUACUACAUUUGGAAAUGGAACUUCUGCAAGCAAAUUUGAUGUGGAAAUUGGAGGGGAAGCAGCAUUAGCUGUUCGACUCAUUUAUCAACAUUUCAUCAGUUGUAACAAUCCGAAGAUUAGUUUUGCAGACUUUAUAAUGAAUGGAAAUGUUAGCCUCCUCUGCUUAACUACUGCAAUAAAUAUUGUGCUUUCAGAAAUGACAUCAAACAUUCAUGUAUUUGUUCUUGGUAUUGAUGAAAUAAAUUCACUUUACUCAAUUGAUCAACAAACUCUCUUUGUCAAGUAG